AAUGUCUUUAUUAAUUGCGUGUCCUUAAUUUUUGCGUUCAUCGGCUUCUUCUUCUCCGCAUCUGCCGCCGCCAUGACGUACUCUGAGGCUUAUUCUUCUUCACCGUUUUGCUUAUUCCUCAACCGCCUCAUCACCGCAAUCUCCGGUGACACCGCCUCUACCACAGCCUCCGUCGGUUGGUUGGUACUUACAUAUAUAUGGUUUCCGGAUUCCUUUCGUGGAAAACAUGUAUCGGAGGAUCACUUGUAGAGAGAAACCGGAAGAAAUUGGAAUGUUUGUCGCUGAUAGUAAGUUAAAGAUCGAAAGAAGCGGUGUAUUACAGAUUUCUGAUUCUUUAACUACUUAUAGCAUCAACACGUUUCAGCUUCCUAUUCCUCAGAUUGUAAACAUUGGAGUGUCACUACCUUCCUUAAGUCCUUUUCCUUUCUAUCAGGAUGUUUAUGAAUGGGAAAUUCUUUCCUUGAAUUUCAGCUUACCAAUUGAGAACACAGACAAUUCUACUGAGGAUUUAUAAAGCUACUAUUUUCUUGCUUUAGGGGGAAAUGAUAAAAUGAUACAUCUUUCUGAUGUAAACAGGUAUGUUUUGAUUUUUGAAGGAUUUUCAAGACAAAGUGAUAGGGAGUAGGUUGAAGCCCAAGUUGAGGCUGAUUUCAAGUCAGCAACCGUGUUGAUUUUAAUAUGUAGGAGCAAUGAUGGCUUGCAAUUAUACAGCAGGAUACAGCUACUUGAUUUUCAUCUUUUUGUGAUUGCAAUUUAUCGUUAUAUUAAAGGUUAAUAGUGUGUGCUCAUCAUGUGUUUGAUGAAAUGUGUCAAAGAAUGUUGGAUGUAUAUUGUGUUGUUUUUUUUGAAUUUUUUUGGUUAAUUGAUGUCCGGUUAUGAAUUCUAAUGUAAUCACCAGGUUGAAGUGGUUAGUAAGGUGAUAGAGGUAGAGGUUGGUAUUUUAUGGAUAUUGCAAGUUAUUAGUCAUGAGAAUCAGAAGCAUGCAUUACGUUCAUGUAAACAAUAACGUUAGAUGGCGAAGAUGGUUAUGGACUUGUCCAAGAUUGGGAUGCUCUGAAAUUUUGUUCAUUCAUGCCUCAUGAUUUUUUGAAUAUGCUAACAACAAAAGAAAAAAAAAUUCCGACACGGUAUGGCAUGAAGAGUUUCGUAUAAAGAGUUAUGCAAAUGAAGGCUUCAAGGUUUGAAAUCAGCAAACACUAAGAUUUAUACAGGUGGGAGGAUGAAACUUUAAGGAGAUACUCUGCCACAUGCAUGUAGUGGGUAUCGGGUAAGAAACACUUUGAUGGUAAAAUAAAAACCUUCUUCAUUUUGUAUGUUACAAUAGUCAUUUUUAAAUCAGCGUGCCUGUUUUGAUUGAUCGUCAUUGAUAUCUAUUAGUCUUUAUAAGGGAAAAGGUAGAUGGUUUGAUUUUUUUACCCAGUUUAAAAAACAUGAAAGAUGAAGGCUUCCAUGUCCGUAUGAAGUGCGAUGGCUGCAAAUGAAAUUGUUCAGGUAAAAACAAUCACAUUUUUAUCUAUUUAUUGUCAUCAUCUAAUCAUGGAAAAUUCAUUGACCCAAACCCGAUCAGUUUAACUAUAAUGUCAUGACCAGUUCGUAUCAUAAAGGAAAGAAGGAUUGUAAGUUUUUUUCUUGGAUUGACCCAUUUUCCACUGCAAAGCUGAUUCACGGAUUGUGAAAAAGACGAAACCAUUUACUUCAAAAGAAAAUUUUUGGGGUACAAAAAAGACAAACCGACUUCGAAUUUCAUAUAUUACAAAUGAAAACACCGG